AUGUCAUUUGUAGCUAUUCAACCUCGAUUAGUAUCAAUAAAUAUGCUUAACCUUGUAUCGGACAUAUUUUCACGUUAUUGUCUUAUGGUCUUAUUUAUUUUGGGUACAAUUGGUUUAACAUUAAAUACAUUAAUAUUUACACGUCGAACAUUUAGACAAAAUUCAUGUGUUCAUUAUUUUUUAGCAUCAACUAUAGCCAAUUAUUUUGUUGUCUUUUUUAUUUUACCAUCACGUAUACUUUCCGAUGGUUAUGAUAUUGAUCCAGGUCAAUAUAAUUUACCAUAUUGCAGACUAAGAUUUUAUACAUAUUUUACUGCUAAAUCAUUAUCAUCAUGGUUUAUUGUACUUGCUUGUUUUGAUAGAAGAAUGUCAAGUUCACAAAGUGUUCAUUCACGAGCAUUUGCACGUCCAAUUAUAGCACGUUGGAUGAUAGCUAUCACCACAUUAGUUGGCCUUCUUUUUUAUGCUUAUGUACCUGUAUUUUAUAUCAUUGAUUCCAAUCAUAAUUGUGGUGCCCGUGCAGGCUUUUAUAGUUUAUUUGAUGAUAGUGUUUAUUUAGUGGGUUAUAGUCUUGCACCUCCAUUAUUAAUGUUAAUUUUUGGUAUAUGGACUAUAGGUAAUACAAGACGUCUUCGUCGUAUAGUACCACGAGGUCGACGUCUUUCUCCAUUAAAUAAACGAGAUCAUACACUUAUGUUAAUGCUUUUUUUGCAAGUUACGUUAAUAACAAUAACGACAGUACCACAUGCUGUACAAAAAUUAUAUUCAACAUUAACAUUAGAUGUACCCAAAGAUGAUUUUACAAAAGCAGCUGAAAAUGUUUUUAUUAUUGUUGUUCGAACAGUAUCAUUUGUUAAUCAUUCAUGUACAUUUUAUCUUUUAACAUUAAGUGGAAAAAUGUUUCGUCAAGAAUUAUAUAAAAUAACAAGAAAAUUUAUGUGUAAAUUAGGACGACAAGCAAUACGAACAGAUCAUCAAUUAAGAACAUUAACACAAACAGUUAAAUUUACUACAAGUAAUCCACAAUUACAAAGAAAACAACAAUUAAAAAAACGAAAUACGUAA